GCAUAUUUGUUGUAUGUGUCUCUGUGAAUGUUAAACUCUUUUACAGUUAGUCUGCCUCCCUGCUCUUACCUGGUCCCUUCUCAUACAAAGCCACUUCCCUAGUUCCCCUCGGUACCAUGAGCCUGUCUGACCUGUACAUCCAGCCUGUCUGAAGCAUUUAGGAGAAGGAAUGAUGGGCAUUCAUGCUCCCAAGGGCGAGAAGUCUGAUCCAAGCCCAAGAAAGUGUCGGUCUUGGUACUGUCAAAAUCAAAGUAGUUCCUCCUCUCUAGAAAUGCCAUUUGAGGGAAUAAUUAAAAAGAAGGGGAGGGCAGGGGCACAGAGGGCUUCCUGUAGAUAAGCAACAUAGGUGAUUAUCGGCAGGAGUUGGUGGAAGGAAAGAACCAAUUUUUGCUAGCAAAUUGUAGGGAAAGCCCUGUAAUUUUGGAAAAACACUUUUUUUUUUGGACAAACAUUUUAAUGGAUAAAGGAGCCAAGAAAUUUGGACCUGAUAUAAAGAUGGUAUUUUAUUCUGCUAUGACCAGAUAAGUAUUAGUUGUAGUAAUUAAUGGAGGUUUUGUUUUACCAUGUGCUUUAAGAAACUAGCCAUUACCAAUUGUUCUUGAAUUUUAAUACUCAUUUUCAGAAGUUAAGAGUUGUCACAGAGUUUUGGCAUGGACUUUUCUGUUGGCUUAGAAUUGCUGAUAAAGCCUGAAAGAUGAAAAAAGUCAUAUUCCCCUACAUUCUAAAGGGUACCACAAGAACUGGGCACAUGCUCCCACAGGAUUCACUAGGAAGUGAGAAAUUCACAACCUCUCAUUCCUAGGCCCCCACUGACAUAUAACCAUGCAACAGGGUCAGAUCCAGAGGAGAGGAUCCUUGUGGUGGUAGGGUGAGUCCCCUGGCCCUCCCCACAGGGCUGGGGGAAUCAGGCACCAAGAGAAUGACUGGAGAUAUUGGGGGCAUCUGACAUCACUGGAGCUUGCUGUCUUUAUCUCCAGCAAAACCACAAGCCCACUUCAGGGCUACUACUCCGAGUUCUUAGGAGAGCUUGCACGUGCGCCUGAAGAGUGGGUAUUCGGUGGUAAGGAGGUGGGGAGGAAUGUAACAGACAGGUACCAGCAACUGUCUGGAGAUUUCUGAAUGGAGGGGUGUUCUGGUGGAGUAACCCCACCAGCAGAAUGUGAAGGCCUCUGAGCAUCCGCCUUUGUGCUGUGCCUUGGAAAAAAAGGACAGGCCCAAUCUCUCCGAUUUCUUUGCCAUCAGAGGUCACAAAACAGGAUUUCAGUGGAUCCUGGGUGGGGUGACCAUAUGUAUUACUGAUCAGCUAAACCAGGACCAUUGAGCUCAUUCUCAAGGGGGAGCUAACCAGACGGGAAGCUGGGACUGUGCUGACAAACUGGGAGAUACGUUUAUCCUACGCCUGAGCUCCCCGGAGGAAAGAAGUCAGAGGGUGGGCAGGAGCAAUGGCUCUGUGUCCCAGGGGCUGCCCCACCAAACUAGCGGGUGAUCCACCUGGAGAGGGGUUGGAGGUGAGGACAGAACUAGGCUACCCCUCUCUGAGUGAAUAUAGUGGGCUGGGAUGAAGCUGCACACAGCCCACAGACUGGCGCGCAUCUCCCUGUGAGGAGGCCGCCUGCUGGGGCAGGCCACCGGCCCUGGGCUCAACAGGACUAACACAGCGGACCGGCACCUUCCUUCUUAGCCCUCACCUGACCCAUGCGGGCUGGGCAUGCGAGCAUCUAAGAAUCAGGUAUGAAUUUUGAGUUUUGAACUGGUCUCAACUAAGUUUUAAUAACCGUAAGUAAGCACAAAAUUGCUUUUUCUCAGGUUAUGAGCUCCUAAAGGGGGUUUGAUAGCCUGGCGAGGGCGAGAAAGCCGUUUAAAAUGGUGACACCAGACAGAUUAGGUUUAUACCACCAAAUUUAGACUUAAUAAUAGAAAAUCUGGGUGUGCCUUUUAAAGAGGUGUCAAAGGAAGCCCACUUGGACUUCCCUGUGGGUCCAGUGGUUAAGACCACGCUUCCACUGCAGGGGACAGGGGUUCCAUCCCUGGUGGGGGAACUAAGAUCCCGCAUGCCUCCGGGCCAAAACCCACUUGCGUCCCCUAACACUGUAGGAGUGCUGGGUAGGGAGUGUAGUCCACCUAGUGCGGGCCACCCGCUUGCAAAGGGAGCAGCCUCCCAGGUCUCCAGGCGCUGCGCGGCUGCAGACUACAUUUCCCGAAAGCCUUGGCGGUGGUGCGCUUCGGUUCCUGGUUUGACGUAUUCCGCCUCUGACUGGGGCGCUCGUGGGAGAGGAACGUGGCCCUGGCGCAUGCUAUAGUCAUUUUCGACAUGCGCAGAGGCGAAUGCGUGCCGCUUGGUGUUCGCUCCAUCUUAAGAAAGUGAAGAGGAGGCAAGAGCUUGACCGCGCGCGAGGUAUUUGCCCUGCACUCUGCUCCCGGGGCCAGGCUACGCUCCUUCCGUGGCCGCCACCAACCACCCACGCCCCAUGGCUAGAACACGCCAGACCGGGGCCUUGCGGUCUCUCCCCCACCCUGGCUCUGCCUAGUGGCCGGAAACUGCCAUCUCCUAUCACGUGAUCUGCUGGACAAUUUGGGGGGACGUUGAAUCAUAUGAGGUAGUCUAGGGGAAGCCGGCUACCAUGCUGUGAGGACACUCAAGCAGCCCUAUGGAGUGGUCUAAGAGGAGCUGAGGCCUCCUGCCAACAGUUAUUACCAACUUACCAGCCAUGUGAAGAAACUGAGGUCAGAGAGGUGAAACGAGCUGCCAGAGGUCAUGCAGAUGGCACAGGUUUACUGGCUGCCGCGCGCGGCCUCCGAGCCGUGCCGGGCAGGCUUCGGGGAAGCUGAAGUGACCUUGGAGGCGCGAGGCGCGGAGCUGGAGCGGAGCCGGGCGCGGGGGAAUGUAGUUUUCACGGACUGCCCUGGGCAAGAGUCGGCCCUGCUGACUGAUGAUGACUUCACUGUUCUGAACAACAAAACAGUCCAGGAAAGGAAAGCAUUGAAGAUCUCCCCAUCCAAACGUAUCUUGCGAAGACGCAAGAGAGAUUGGGUGGUCCCGCCAAUAUUUGUCCCUGAGAAUGGCAAGGGUCCCUUCCCCCAGAAGCUGCAUCAGCUCAAAUCUAAUAAAGACAGAGGCACCAAGAUUUUCUACAGCAUCACGGGGCCUGGGGCAGACAGCCCCCCUGAGGGUGUCUUCACCAUAGAGAAGGAAACGGGCUGGUUGCUGUUGAAUAAACCACUGGACCGGGAGAAAAUUGCCGAGUAUGAGCUCUUUGGCCACGCUGUGUCGGAGAACGGUGCCUCCGUGGAAGAGCCCAUGAACAUCUCCAUCAUCGUAACAGACCAGAAUGACCACAAGCCCAGGUUCACCCAGGAUGUCUUCAGAGGGAGCAUCUUGGAAGGGGUACUACCCGGCACUUCUGUGAUGCAGGUGACAGCCACGGAUGAGGACGAUGCCAUCAACACCUACAAUGGGGUGGUUGCUUAUUCCAUCCAUAGUCAAGAGCCAAAGGACCUCAUGUUCACGGUCCACCGGAGCACAGGCACCAUCAGUGUCGUCUCCAGUGGCCUGGACCGGGAGAGAGUCCCUGAGUACACACUGACCAUCCAGGCUACGGACAUGAACGGGGACGGCUCCAGCACCACGGCUAUGGCCAUAGUGGAAAUCCUCGAUGCCAAUGACAACGCUCCUGUGUUUCAGCCCCAGCAGUACGAGGCCCGUGUGCCUGAGAACGCAGUGGGCCACGAGCUGCAGAGGCUGACAGUGACCGAUCUGGAUGCCCCCAACUCACCGGCAUGGCAGGCUACCUACCGCAUCGUGGAAGGUGACAACGGGGACCAUUUUACCAUCACCACCCACCCUGAGAGCAACCAUGGUAUCCUGACAACCAAGAAGGGCUUGGAUUUCGAGGCCAAAAACCAGCACACCCUGUACGUUGAAGUGAUCAACGAGGCUCCCUUUGUGGUGAAGCUCCCAACCUCCACGGCCACCAUAGUGGUCCACGUGGAGGAUGUGAAUGAGCCGCCCGUGUUCGUCCCACCCUCCAAAGUCAUCGAGGUCCAGGAGGGCAUCUCCAUCGGUGAGCCUGUCUGCACCUACACCGCGCGGGACCCCGACAACGGGAGUCAGAAGAUCAGCUACCACAUCCUGAGAGACCCAGCAGGGUGGCUAGCAAUGGACCCAGACAGUGGGCAGGUCACUGCUGCAGGGGUCUUGGACCGUGAGGAUGAGCAGUUUGUGAGGACGAACAUCUACGAAGUCAUGGUCUUGGCCACGGAUGAUGGGAGCCCUCCCACCACUGGCACGGGGACCCUCCUGCUAACACUGAUGGAUGUCAAUGACCAUGGCCCGGUCCCUGAGCCCUGUCAGAUCACCAUCUGCAACCAAAGCCCUUUGCCUCAGGUGCUGAACAUCACAGACAAGGACCUGUCCCCCCACACCUCCCCUUUCCGGGCCCAGCUCACACACGACUCGGACAUCUACUGGACGGCAGAGGUCAAUGAGAAAGGAGACACAGUGGCCUUGUCCCUGAAGAAGUUCCUGAAGCAAGACACAUACGACGUGCACCUUUCUCUGUCCGACCACGGCAACAAGGAACAGCUGACAGUGAUCAGGGCCACCGUCUGUGACUGCCACGGCCACGUGGAGACCUGCCCCGAACGCUGGAAGGGGAGUUUCCUCCUCCCCAUCCUGGGUGCUGUCCUGGCUCUGCUGUUCCUCCUGCUGGUGCUCCUGUUUUUGGUGAGAAAGAAACGGAAGAUCAAGGAGCCCCUUCUGCUCCCAGAAGACGACACCCGUGACAACGUCUUCUACUACGGCGAAGAGGGGGGUGGCGAGGAGGACCAGGACUAUGACAUCACCCAACUCCACCGGGGCCUGGAGGCCCGGCCUGAGUUGGUUCUCCGCAACGAUGUGGCGCCAACCUUCAUCCCCACACCCACAUACCGUCCACGGCCAGCCAACCCAGAUGAAAUUGGCAACUUCAUCAUCGAGAACCUGAAGGCGGCCAACACGGACCCCACGGCCCCACCCUAUGACUCCCUGUUGGUGUUCGACUAUGAGGGCAGCGGCUCCGAUGCCGCCUCCCUGAGUUCGCUCACCUCCUCUGCUUCCGACCAGGACCAAGACUACGACUAUCUGAAUGAAUGGGGCAGCCGCUUCAAGAAGCUGGCAGACAUGUAUGGCGGGGGCCAGGACGACUAGGCCUCCCUGCCUGCAGCGCCGGGGGCCUAAACACCAGGCCCGCAGCUGCAUCUCCAAGGGGUCUCCGUCCCCACCUCGGCCGGGGACUUCGAAGCUUGUUGAGAAGUAGCCUUAGCAACUUGGAGGGAAGAGGCAUGACGUUAAAGGGGCAGGUUUCUAAGCCUUUCAGCAUGGAGGGACCCUGGCAGUUUGAUUUCAACAGUGAAAACCUCUUAGCCUCGGCCAGGGCUGCCGAAUUUCCGGGAGUCUCUCCCCUGCCGUAAGAUGCUCAGCCCUGUGUACCGGGCCUGGACCGACUCUGACUCCCCCAUGUUGACGUUCUCUCUGGAAUGGACCCUCCUCCUUAGAAAGAGGCCUCUUAUUGCAAUCUGGAUUUUUUUUUUUUUAAUGCUAUUUUCAAAAAGUUAGAACCAGGUCCUCAGCCGCCCCUGGGGUCCUCCAGAAGCCCAGGCCAGAGCUGCCUGGCUCAUGUGCCCUCAUGCGUUGCAUUUCUCUCUGAUGUCUGGGCCCCGAGGCCUCCUGUUUGAAUGGAUUACUGCGUUUUUAUACCGAGCGUGUUUAGGUGGUCCUUUAUUUUUUACUUUCCCUAUCGAGUGGUGUAGAGGAAGGGUGAUGACAAUGCUGUAAAUGUACUAGAACUUUUUUAUUAAAGGAACUUUUCCCAGA